CUCCAGAUCCAGGCCACUCUCUCAGGGGCGGAGCUGCACUAGGGCUCGUCAUUCGGACGUUGUGGUGUACGCGCAGCUUUAAAAAAAAAAAAAAGAAAAAAAAAAAAAAAAGAAGAAGAAGAAGAAAGAAAAAGACAAACAGUCGUGGUACCUUGGCCGCUUUGUCGUGCGCUUUUGUGCUGUUUCCGACUAAAAACAGAAGAGUUCCCCUCUGUGUUCGUUCGCCAUGGGAGCAGAAAGCUCAGUGCAACGGGACGGGAAGAGCCAGGAGGAUGCACCAGCCUCAGCUUCAGCCUCAGCUUCAGCCGGGGAGCUCAGUGCGGAGGUGAAGGUGCUCCAGGAGGGAGACGGAGUCCACGACACCAAGUCUCUGCAGAAAAAUGGGCAAAUCUCCAGCAUGACCAGUCUGAACGGACACUCCGAGGACAACACGCUGGCUGAAGUUGGCCAACCAGAUGGUGUGUCUGUGGCUCAGAAGGAAGAGUCUCCUGAAACCAUGGAUGCCAUUCAGGAUGAAGUGGCUCCUCAAGUGAAUGGAGAGAAAGUGGAGAAAGAGUCUGCUGAUGCCAAUGAUAUCUCUGCUGUUGAAGAGAAGGCGGUGGAGGAGAAAUCUGCUGACCCCAGUGAAGUGGGCUUCAAGAAGAUCUUCCGUUUCGUGGGCUUUAAGUUCACGCUGAAGAAGGACAAAAGUGAGGAGAAAGACCCUGUCAAGUUACUGACAGUCAAAGAUAAAGAUGGAGAAGAGGUUGCUGAGGAACCUGCAAAGGAAGAGGAAGCUGCCACUGUUGAAGAGAAGAGCACAGCUGAAGAAAAGGAGGCUGAUACAGAGGCAUCCACCGCUGAGGCUCAGGUGACUAAAGAAGAAGACAAGGCUGAAACCACUGAAGUCCCUGCUGAAGGUGCUGAAGGUGAAGCUACCGAGGAAGCAGCCAAAGAGGAAAAAGCUGAGAAAGAAGGUGAGACCAGUGCACCAUCUCAGGAGCCCAUCUCAACCUUCAGGAAGCUCUUCACUGGUGGACUCUUUUCUAAUCUGAGAAAGAAAGCCAGCAUCAAGAAGACAAAAGAGGAGGAGGAGAAGGAGGAGGCAGCUAAGACAGAGGAGGCUGGUGCUGAGGAAAAGGAGGAGAAGGCUGAGGAGCAGGAAGAUGCCAGGGAGGAGGCAUCCGAGGCCCCUGAAGAGGACAAGUCAGAGCCUAAGGUUGAAGCAACUUCUGCCACUGAGGAAGAAAAGCCAAAGGAGGAAGCAGCAGCUGUACCUGAGGAGAAGAAGGAGGAACCAGCUGCUUCAGAGGAAGCAAAAUCUGAGCCUGAAGUAACUGCUGAAACCCCUGCUUCAACAACAGACACUACUGAUGCAGCCAAACCAGAAGAGGAAAAGGACAAAGCUCCACUGGAGGCGUCCUCUGAGGCUGAGGUGCUUUCAUCGCAGGAGAAGGCAAAACCCCAAGGAAGCCCUCUUAAAAAGCUUUUCACCGGAGCAGGCUUGAAGAAGUUGUCAACUAAAAAACAAAAGGCCAAGAAAGAUGUCGAGACCAAGGCUGCAGAGUCUGGGGAGCAGGUGGCUGAGCAGCUUCAGUCCUCCACUGAUUCAGCAGAGGCUCCCAAAGCUGAAAGUGGGCCAUCUUCUCCAGAGGAGUCAGGAGAGCAUGUUAUCGCUGUAGAGGUGACCCAUGAAUCAAGCCAGGAAACUGAAGGUGAAGUGGCUUCUGAUGGAGAGAAGAAAAAAGAGGGCAUCAUUGCCUGGUCCUCUUUCAAGAAACUGGUAACACCCAAGAAGCGUGUCAAAAGGUCCUCUGAGAGUGAUGAUGAAGCCGCAGGUGAGAAGCCAGCCAAGUCAGCCACCUUGUCAUCCUCUGAGAGUGCUGCUCUGACAGAUAAGAGUGUGGAGGAAGAAACUAAGGAGGAGAAGCCCACAGAGGAAGAGCCAAAGACUGAAACUACUGAGAAACUAGUCAGUAGCACCGAAGAGCCCAAAAAGAAAAUGGACACCUCUGUCUCCUGGGAGGCUCUAAUGUGUAUGGGUGGACCCAAAAAGAGGACCCGCAAAACCUCAGAUUCUGAUGAUGAUGACGAGACCAAGAUUGAGGAAGAUGUACCAGCUGCAGCUGCUGAGGGUGAACAGGAUGGCAAAACUGAGGCUGCCAUUGUCGCUUCCCAAACUAGUGAAACUGAAGGUGAAGUUGUUUCCUCUCCUGAACCUUUAAGCAGCCCUCCAUCUGCCUGGGACACACUGAAACGCAUGGUUAUGCCAAAGACUAAGGCCAAAAGUGAGGAAAAGGCAGAGGAAAGUGCAGAGCAAGUCCAGUCAGACAGUGAAGCCCCGAAAGAGGAGAUGUCCUUUUCUCUGAGAAAGUUCUUCCCUGGACGCAAGAAGAAGAAGGCUGAGAAACAAUCAUCAACUGAACAGGGCUCAGGUGAGGAGGACUCUGAUACCCCAGCAGUGGUUCCCCUCUCAGAGUUUGAUAAGCCAGCUGAGGCUGAAACAGAGCAACCUGCAGAAGAAGGAGCAGAACCAGCUGCAGUCCAGAUUAAAGUAACUGCUGAAGAUAGGUCUCCUUCAUGGAUCUCAGCCAAUGUUGAAGAUGCCAAUGAUCAACAUGAUCAGCUGAGUGAUAUUCCAGAGGAAGCAGAAAAUGCUGCCACACCAAAGUCUGUUGACACUGACAUUGCAGAUGAUGAUGACGUGGCUGUGCCCCCUAAGUCUCUUGGCAGGACAGGCAGGAGACUGUCUACAGCAGAAGUGAAGCCUGUUGCUGUAACUCCAUCCACAGAGACCACCCCCGUUCCUAAAGGACCAGAAACAGAGAGUGCCACAGAAGUUCUCGAAGGUGUGAAGGCCCAAAUCAGUGAACUCCCUGCCAAGACAUCAGUUGCUAUUGAAACAUUGCAAACAGAACAAGCUGUUGCAACGACAGAAUCUGAACUACCAACUGAGACUGCUGAAUCCAAGACAAGCUCUGUCCUGGAGAUGCACGCCCGCGACGAGGCCAUGGCUAUUUGCACUGGCCUGGGGACCAAGGAGAUUGCCAAAGUCGCCCUGGAGAAACCUCCAAUGCCCAUUGUCGAGACUAUGACUGUGAUUCAUGAUGCUUUAAGCACAGAGGUGUCAGCAGAAGCCCCGAAAGAAAAAAUAGAGGAAGCUGUUGUUACUGAAGAUGUUAUGCUUGAGGCCCAAGUGCACCAAAUAGACACUACUGAGCUUGAGCCUGCUGUCGAAAAAACACCUAACUCAGUGGCAGACAUUCAAACAGCCAGUGAGACCUAUGAGCCUGAGAUUGAGAAGGCUGGAAUCAUCAACACUGUCCUGCAGGGAUCUGAGGUCUCCCAGCCACCCACCACUAUUGAGAACUCACCUAGAGCUGUCAUAGUUAAUCCUAUCAUGCCAACAUGUGAAGCAGGUGUUUGUGCCCAGAGCAUCCAAAUCACUGAGCCAACUGUAGAAACUAAGGAAGUGAAAACAGAAGUGGAGCAACUUUCUGCAACUGAAGAGAUCACCCCAGUAACAGAGACCGUCCAGGCUGUGACUAAAGAGAUAACUUCUGUUGUAUGUGAGAAGGCAGAGACUGUCACAGAGGAGACUGAGCCAGAGAUUCCUGUAGUUUCACCAACUGAAGAGAUUGCUGUUAUCUCAGAAGCAGUUGUCCUUGUUGCCCCACUCAAUGUGGAGGCUCAGCAAGCGGAAGCCUCAAACACAGCGGCCAUUGAAAGUGAAUCAGUGUCUGUAGCAGUUACAGAUGAGGUGGUUAAGGAGACGGACGUUGAGGUCUGCACUGCGGUGGAGAACAGUGAGGAUAUCAAGGAUGAAGUUGUGCAGCCUGACAACAUUGAGGCUCAGAGCAUGACCAUCGCUCAGAAUGUCAUUCAGGAUGCUGUGGAAAAAGUUUCAGAAGACAUAACUGAACCCGAACAGCCUGCCAUCCCGUCAGAUGACAUCUCAACUCCAGUCCAGGCAGUAGCAACGACAGAAAAAGACAUUGAGGUUGACCCAGAAAUCCCUGUUGUCACUGAGACUCCCAUUACACUCAUCUGUGAAAAACAAUCACCGAAGUUGCUUCAUGUCGCCAUGGAGGUCACAGAUGCAAUUCCUAUUGAGGUCACAGAGAGUAUUGUUGCACCUGUAGAGGAGGAAAAGGAGGAGAAGAAACCAGAGGAAGAGUUGAAGCAAGGUGAGGAGGUAAAAGUAAGUGACGAAAGUGCUGUUGUGGAAGAAGUGGUAGCGAUAAAAGAAGAGAUUCAAACAGAAAUUGAAGAGGUUAAACCAGAACAAGGUGUCGGUGAGUUCGUUGGGGAAGUAAAACUUGAAACAGAAAAAGAAAUUUCAGAGGCACCUGCAGAGGAGAAGAAAGACAUGGUGUUCCACAUGCCAGUCCAGGUGGUCCUGCAUACAGCGCAGGUGAUCGAGGAUCCCUCAGUGGAAGAAGAAGCUGCAGUAGAAUUCGAUAGCAACGGCCCCGUAGACUCAAAUCCACCAGCUGAAGACUCAAAAGCUCAGAGCCCUGCAAGCCAACAGCAAGUGUCGGAACGUCUUUCUACGGUGACAGAAGAACCUUCAACUUCUGCAGAGGAUGAUGGAGAAGCAGCAGCCAGCCAGCCUGAGACAGAGACGGAGACGGAGAAAUCAUCAUCGGGAAAGUGCGCGGAGGUAAUGGCUCAGGUGAUCGAGGUGAUUGAGGAGGCUGUGAAGGAAAUCGAGCCUGUUUCCACAGAGAUCACAACAGCAUCAUGAGCAGCUGAAGAUACAUGACUUCUGCCUGGGCGACACACUGUCUGGACCAGGAAGUGAGUGACGAGGGAGAGCGAGAGAGAGAGAGAGAGCAAGAGAGAGAGAGAGGAGGCUGCGGCUCUGCAAUAACACGAUGAGACCCGCCCACAGAGACUGAGCGACUGAGCAAAAACAGCUCCGCCAUUCCCUCCAUCUCCCCUUCCACCUGUAAACCCCACCUUGCAGCCGUUUUCACCGCAAAGUGACGUCCCACCACACGUCCUCACUCACUCAUUCACUCACUCACCCUCAUACACUCAUCCAUGUCCUGUGCCUCAGAAACAUCUCAUUUGGCCUAAAAAAAAAUCAGUGUGACGUACUGUAUGUUCAGUGUCUCAAUGACUUUCCAUUGCCCUUGCUGCAUAAGGCAACCCGAUUGAGUGUGCAUAUGUGUGUGUGUGUGUGUGUGUGUGUGUGUGUUUGUAUGUGUAUAGCAACAAGAGUGAGCUGAUGUCAGAAGGUGAAGAGAUAGAGGAUUAUUAUCUUGUAUAUUGUAUUUAUAUCUUGAGUAUUCUUCCAUUCAACUUUAAUUUUUUCAAUUUUUUGCCCUUUUUUUUGUCAUUGUAUGAACAUUGUUGCCUUUUUAAGAAAAAUUCUCACGCAAUCUGUGAUACAUGAGGUACUCUUUUAAGCAACGUUGCAGCAGUGGAUAAAAUUCAACAAAGAAAAUUCCUGGACUUUAACAAAUGUGAAGCUGCUGCUUAAAAGUGCCGCAUGUAUCACAGUUUUUAUUUGUCAUUUUCAGAGGUUAUUUCGAGUUCUGAACCACGGUACAGGUUUGAUUCCGCUGUCGGGAUGCGAUGACGCAGACUGCAGAAAUCAAAAAUGGGAGGGCAGAGUGUGUGAUGAUAUGUAACGCAAAAAGCACCGUGUGUUUGAUUUUUGACACAUUCUCUUGUCACAGUGCGAUGCAUCCCACCAGAAUAUUUUAAGCUUCAUGUAGAUAAGAAAACCAAUCACUGCCUGAUUUACUGUGAAAAAAAAAACAUUGUUACACAUUGAUUCUUGUAAAGAUACAAUAAAGUACUAUUAUAACACUCUAUUUGGUUAACAAAUGCCAAUUUUUGACACUGUCAGCAUCAUUCGGGGUAGAUUUGUGUGAAACAGCAUACAGUAUCAUAUGCACAGUGUUUAUUAUCAUGUUUGUAUUGUUUCAUUUUGACAUUGUUGCAUUGGUGUGUCAGUUUUAUCGAGGUUUAACAUUUUUUCCUGUAUCUCUUAGACUGUGUGUCGACACCCUCUGUUGCCUACAAAAAGUAGUACAUGUGUGUUAUUUUGACUUCACCCAUGUGUUUUAAUGGAGGAUCCUGUGUUCAUUUUGGUGUGAUGCUAGAGCCUGCACUAUGUUCUUCACCCUGCAUGAUAGCUCAGGUUCAUUACAUUGGCACCAGGGAGGACGUAGACUCACUGGUUGUUUAUUUUCAAGAGGCACAGACACUGCAUGGUACCAGAAAUAAAAUCAAGAGCUCAUUUUACUUCUUACUUUAAAAGGCAAAUCGAAUUAAGAUAAAUCAGGGAGUCACGGUUUUUCCAUUGCUCACAGGAUAAGACAUCAGUUGCAUCCAAUUAAAUCCCUAAAACUAUCUCCUCGCAGACACUUUUAUUUGCAUGUCAAACCUCAAGUCAUAAGGUCAGGGCUUAUUAUGGACGUAUAUUGGAAAACUGGGAGAUGUGUUUUACAGCAGAGGGGUUUUAAAACAUUCCCAGUGUCUAAUUUUACCACCAAAGCAAACAUGUGAUCACGUAUUUGUUCACUUCCUACCAAAUUUUGCACUGUGUGAACCAUUUGGACGCUACAAGAAUCUGCUGAGCGCUGCUUUAAUCCAGAGACGUUCAAUCAUUGGCUGAUUGUUGCAGCUGUAAAAGCCCGCAUUUCAUUAAGCUUUAUGACCAAACAAGACACAGAUCAGGAAGUACGGACCCCCUGAUCAGGUUAUCACCCCCCUUUACUUUACAGUGAGGGUGUGUCAGCCAUACUUGCUUUAUGUAAAAUAAAUUAUUAAACAACAUAGAACAAAAGACUUGCUAUUGUUGCAUAACGUAAAGCAGUCAGUAAAUCAGUCCUCCCUGUUAUUUUGUAACACACUUAACUGUGAACCUGUUAACAUUUGUACAGAUUGUAUACCUAUGUACUUAAAAUAAUAUUGUUGUAAUAUUAACAAAUAACCUGCCUUCAUUUAGCUUAAUAUUCAUGUAGCAUGGUCUUAAUGGUCUUUUAUAUUUUCCAAGCUGUUAAUAGUAAGAAUACAGAAACUUGUCUAUAUUUCAUCCAAUAAAGUUAGAGUAAAUCAG